AUGAGUGUCGAUAAUGUGGGUGAAGAGUUGCAGAAGCUCUGCCGUUUUACGAUCCGUCCAAUAGAUUCAGCUAAUUAUUCGGAAAAGCUUGAAGCUUUAUUAAAUCAGAAAGGUAUUGAUCCUUCUUUUACACUUGAGGACCUUCUUGAUGAGAAGUUUUCAACUGCUAGUGAGGAACUUCCUGUGAUUCCUGUAGAAAAAUUGAAAUUUUUACUUGAUUCUUUAUCUAGAGAAUCUAUCGAUAUUGAUCCAUUUACUAAACAAUACUCAUUCAGUUCGGCUCAAUUAGAUGCGAAUACAACACUCCUUCAUUUGCUUUGUUACAAUUUACCUUCAACUAGCACUGCGGAGGAACUCCAGGUGGUGAGCUCAAUGGUUGAAAGUUUGUUAUUGUCAGGAUUGGCUUGGAACUUGGUUGAUCAUAAUGAUAAGACCCCUGGUUGUAUACUAGUAGAUCGUGCUUUGACUAAUCUACAAAUAUAUGACCAAAUUGUGGAAGCAGGUGUUAGAAGUGAAUUAUUAUUUAGAAAACUACAAGAUAAUGGAUUGGAUUUCCUUAUGGGCGGGGACGAAGAUGAAGACGAUGAUGAUGAAGAGAUCCCAGAUUUGGUUGAAGAGGCUAUUCCUGAAGAAGAAGAAGAAGAAGAAGAAGAAGAAGAAGAAGAAGACCAACAAUCAAGUCAAGAAGCAGCUGAACACACUAAUGACCCUGUGGAUGAUAGAGCAACCUACCUUAAUACAAAGCUCGAAUAUAACGAUAACGCUCUCAUAACCGCAGAUAACAAAGAUGGUGUAAUGAUGAAUUGGGAAACUAAGCUUAUGAAAGUUGGAUGUGAUACCCUUUUCAAAGGUAUAUCGCUAGAAGAGCUUUCUGCCGAUUCUGAUGAAGAAAUAAACCUCCUUAAUAUUGGGUUUGGGAUGGGGAUCAUUGAUACAUUUAUCCAAGAACGUAUUGCUUCAUUACUUAAAACACACCCACACCUCAAGAUUAAUCAUUAUAUUUGUGAGGCUCAUCCAGAUGUUCUUGCAAAGAUUGAAACCGAUGGCUGGUAUGAUAAGCCAACUGUGAAGAUUCUUGCUGGAAAAUGGCAAGAUCAAUUGAGUGAACUUCUUGAUGGAGGCGACGUUUUCUUCAACGGUGCCUACUACGAUACUUUCAGUGAACACUAUCAUCCGGACAUGUACCCACAACUUUUUGAUCUUUUGAUUGGCUUGCUCAAACCACAUGGAAUCAUUUCAUUCUUCAAUGGAUUAGGUGCGGAUCGUCAAAUUGUUUAUGAUGUCUAUUGCCGUAUUGUCACUUUAGAUUUGGCUGAUUAUGGGCUAGACGUGAAAUAUGAAUCUAUUGAUGUUGAUGCGGAUAAGGAAGAUAAAAAAAUGAAUGUUGAAAAACAAGAGGCUGGGGUAUGGGAUACCGUCAAAAGGUCAUAUUGGAAUUGUCCAGUCUACUAUCACCCAGAAAUCACUUUUCAAUAG